UCACGUCAAACUGCUUGUUUGGUGUUGCCUUGUAGCACCGGUUGUGUGUCUCGUGAUGGUAUCAACGGCAUUAACGUUACUAAAUGACAAUACUAACACAGGAGAGAAACUUGGGUUGCACAUUUGUUUCUUAAAACCCGAUUAAUCGACAUAUUGAAGGGGGAAGCUUGGCCGUUAUCCACCAUGGCCAGGAAAGAUUGUGAGCCCUCCCAAGGACCUGAAAAAGCCCAGGGGCAAAAAAUGCCAUUUUGUGAAAUUCUUUGGAACUGAAGACCACGCCUGGAUCAAAGUAGAACAGCUGAAGCCCUACCACGCCCACAAAGAGGAGAUGAUCAAGAUAAACAAAGGAAAGCGCUUCCAACAGGCAGUUGAUUCAGUGGAAGACUUUCUAAAAAAAGCAAAAGGGAAAGAACAGAACUCAGACAGCAAAGGAGACUCAAAAGGAAAGAAAACAUCCAACAAACCACUGAAAAUACUGGAGGAGGAUGAUGAAGAUCUCAGUGCCCUGAAAGACCCCUCUGAAAAGGACUUAACUGACUCUGACCCCGAGCCAUCCACUAUUGAGAGGCUGGGGGCGGGACCUGGCUCAGGAUUCAAAUGGGAAAGCAGUCCUGUGAAGGAUGACCCACAUUUCCAUCACUUUCUGCUCAGCCAGUCUGAGAAGCCAGCAUCAUCUAUGGAACCCAUCAGCAAACGCCUGAAGAUCAUUGAAGAGGACACAGGAUCGACAUCUAUCCAAGCAGCAGACAGCACAGCCAUCAAUGGCAGCAUCACACCCACAGAUAAAAGGAUAGGGUUCCUCGGUCUGGGGCUGAUGGGUAGUGGUAUAGUUUCCAAUCUGCUAAAAAUGGGCCAUGUUGUCACGGUGUGGAAUCGCACAGCAGAAAAGUGUGACCUGUUCAUCCAGGAGGGUGCCAGGUUAGGCCGUACUCCUGCAGAGGUGGCUUCUAUGUGUGAUAUCACGUUCUCCUGUGUCUCAGAUCCAAAGGCUGCCAGGGAUUUGGUGUUGGGACCCAGUGGAGUGCUGCAGGGAAUCAGGCCGGGUAAAUGCUACGUAGAGAUGUCUACUGUAGACCCAGAGACUAUUACAGAACUCUCACAGGUGAUUACGUCACGGGGUGGCCGUUUCCUGGAGGCACCAGUGGCAGGAAGCCAGCAGCUCUCUAACGAUGGGAUGCUGGUCAUCCUUGCAGCUGGUGACAGAACCGUGUACGAAGACUGCAGUAGCUGCUUCCAGGCCAUGGGCAAGACCUCCUUCUUUCUGGGUGAAGCAGGAAACGCAGCAAGGAUGAUGCUGAUUCUCAAUAUGGUGCAAGGCAGCUUCAUGGCCACCAUUGCAGAGGGGCUGACCCUGGCCCAGGCCACUGGUCAAUCACAGCAGACCUUCCUGGACAUCCUGUGCCAAGGCCAGAUGGCAAGCACCUUUGUGGACCAGAAAUGCCAAAAUAUUUUACAGGGCAACUUUAAGCCAGACUACUAUUUGAAACACAUUCAGAAGGACCUGAGGCUAGCCAUCUCCAUGGGUGACAUGGCCAACCAUCCAACCCCAAUGGCUGCAGCAGCCAAUGAGGUGUACAAGAGGGCUAAGGCACUGGACCAGUCAGACAAUGAUAUUUCUGCAGUCUACAGAGCCUACAUUCACUAGAGGUGUGACCUAUCCUCUGGACCACACAGUCUUUAAUCCCUUCUUAUUUCUCCUCGUCAUGUAAUGAGUUUUUUUUUUUUUUUUUUUAAUUCUAAUCAUUUUAUUUCAUUUUGCCCUAGCGCCAGCCAUGUUACCUGCCCACAAGUCAUGGGAUUGUCAUUCUUUUACUAGAAGCAACCUUGAGCAUUGCACUGACUGUACUGAGGGAAUAUAUGCUGUAAGAGUGCUCCAGAUGAGGUUGUACUACUGCACUGCUGCAGUUUGCUGUGGGGGCAGUGCUUCUGGUUUUUGACAACUAAAACAACGAUAGAAGUAAUGCAGGGUGUUUGGCAAGGAUGUGGGGUCGAGUGCCACUGUGAAGAGCGGGGUAUCCAGCUCAAGCCAGAGAAAUGCUGUCAGGUUUUGUGGAUGCAUACCCCCUAAAGAUUUUUUUUAUUUCAUUUUUUUUUUUUUUGUUCAUGUGCAAAUGAUGAGUUUAUUUAAUUGUGUGAUUUUGCUUUUCUUUUAAAUGUCCAGAAUUCCAUGAAAGAAAACACCAAGAACAUGCCACUGCAUUGCCUUAAUAUUGUCACCCCUCAAGUCUUUCAAUAAUAGAUGUAUUUAUUUAUGUUUGUUUCUAGGUCUUCUUGGUCAAUAUGCCCAUGGCUUUUUUUCUUUAUUAGACAUGAUUUAUGCUUUUAUGUUGGUGUUGAUCUUUCUUGAAUAGGUUAAGGACAGCGCAACAGCUGUGUGGAGACCUUAAAAUGCAGUACUUACUGGUAUUUCUCAUCUAGACUUGAGAUUAACACAUUUGAAACUCUUCAUUCUUGUGUUUGGAACAGUUCUCAUUUCCACUGUGUUUUUCUUUUUUAACAUAUUUCUAUGAACCUGGAUGAAUCCACUUUUUGAGUUGCGUUUUAACUGGAGGUAAUGAUGAAGUCCCAGCGAGAUAAAAAGUUGUGUUUUGAAGGCCAAUUUUAGACCACAAUUGAAAUGUAACUAAUGAACCAAUUUUAAGUGGGUUGGAGAGUUUCAUUAGUUUCAAAGACUGAAACAUCAAGUUAAGGGCAGUAGCUGAUUUUAGUUUGAAUUUCAUUACACAUCACUUUUGCCCUUUACACAAACACGGCUCACUUCAGUUUAACUGUUAAUAUGGAAAUGUAACAAUCAGGGCCCCAAACCAAAUGUUAACUUUCUGUUUUAUUAUUUAUUCAUUCUUGCUUUGGCCUCAAACAGAUUUCAGGUCACAAGGCAGGGACAGCAGGUGGUCAUAUGCUGGAGGGGGCAUUCUUAAAUGCGUAGUAGAGGUUUUCACAAGGGUGCUUGGUGUACGAGAUGGUAUACAGGUCCGAAGCCUGACUAAUAUUUUGGCCUGCAAAUAUUUUCGACUGAGCUAGGCUCAGGACAGAUUGAUCAUAUAUAUUGACUGAUGAUUAACAAGAUAAAUCAGUAUAGAAAUCCCAAAGCUUUGUUUGAGGUUUCCAUCAGAGAAAAGACGUUUAUGUUGAUGCUGUUAAAUAAAAAAAACCUCACUGCCUAUCUUGAUCACAAUGCUUCAAUAAACUGAUAUAUGGUAUUGUUA